AUGAGGAUUUUGGAAGGUUUUUUUAACCACUUAACUUAUUUUCUGGCUGCUGGUGCUGUUACUUUGGGAAUUGGUUUCUUUGCUUUGGCAUCAGCUUUGUGGUUCCUGAUUUGCAAACGAAGAGAAAUAUUUCGAAAUUCCAAAUUUAAAGCAAUUGAUGAGAGAUGCAGGCAAAGAUCAUCAAAGGGAAAGAUUAAAUCUCAUUCUCAUUGUGUCUUUAUUUCUCGAAAUUUUCAUACUGGAGAAUUCCUAUCACAGGAGGAGAAAAGAAAAAAGGAAACAGCACAUAUAAAAGCAAUUAAAGAUCACUCUAAAGACGAAUUCUGCCUUGCAACGCAAAAGGUCAUUUGUGACCCCUCAGAGACUAGCUUGGCAACACAUCCCAGCAGUGUUACCUUAACCUUAUCAACACUACCGUCUAAUUCUUAUCACAGCCAAAGUAUAGAAGCAGCUGAUGACUGGUUUUUUGAUGAUACUCUAGCAAAAAAGAACUCUUCAAUGCCUUUUCUCAGGGAACCUCUACUGGAAAAAGUAUUUUCAUACCUGUCAACAAUUUCCUUAGAAGACUGUACUGAAAACGUACUGAAUAUGGCACUUUAUGAUGAUCAGAAAGAUGACAGCAUUAAGGAAAUAUUUUCACGAAGAAAUGCAGAGGUUGAAAUACAAAACCUUCAACAUAAUAUUGAAUGA